GCCUCUGGCCUUUGUCCUGCAGGGGAAGGCGUAGAGGGGGCUGAAGGCUGAGCAGUGAGGGGAUUGAGGAGUGGCAAAUCCAAGCUGAGCAGCAGUCUUGUUUCAGGAGAAGUUUCUGGUGAGUCUAAGCAAUGUCCCAUGCAACUGUCUGUUUUCUCCUCUGCUAUGCAGUUCCUGAAGUGCGGUGGGAGAGACGCCAUUGUAGGCCUCGGAGAACACCCCGUCUCAUACCACCAACCCUUCAUUAACUCACAACCCCAGGCCUGUCUGAGAGAAGCCUGCCAGCAUAGUACGAAGAAGGCCAGAGGGUCCAGCGUACCAAGCAGACCUGGGCAGGUCAACACUGGCCAUCUCCCCUAAGAGAGGACGGGCAGCAAGUGCACUGCUGGGGACAUCACGGGGAGCUGAAGCAGGCGGCGGAGAGGCUGGGCUCCGCCUGGGCUCUGGGCUCCGCCCGGGCUCAGCAGACUGUGAGGAUAAGGAGGCACGGCAGAGGGGAGCGGAGGCCACGGCGUGGGUCAGGCCACCCUCCCCAUGGCCUCCAAGCAGGCUGCGGCGCAGGGCAGGGGGGAGAAACGCAAGCGGGUGGUGCUGACACUGAGGGAGAAGAUCGACAUCUGCACUCGGCUGGAGCGCGGCGAGAGCCGGAAGGCGCUGAUGCAGGAGUACAACGUGGGCAUGUCCACCCUGUAUGACAUCAAGGCCCACAAGGCCCAGCUGCUCCGGUUCUUUGCCAACUCCGACUCCAACCAGGCUCUGGAGCAGCGGCGCACCCUGCACACGCCCAAGCUGGAGCACCUGGACCGGGUGCUGUACGAGUGGUUUUUGGUGAAACGUGCCGAGGGCGUGCCGGUGUCCGGCCCCAUGCUCAUCGAGAAGGCCAAGGACUUGUACGAGCAGAUGCAGCCGGCCGAGCCCUGUGUGUUCUCUGGAGGGUGGCUCUGGCGCUUUAAGGCCAGACAUGGCAUUAAGAAGUUGGAUGCGUCCAGUGAGAAGCAGGGCACUGACCACCAGGUGGCUGAGCAGUUCUGCGGUUUCUUCAGGAGCUUGGCCGCGGAGCACAGGCUGUCCCCAGAGCAGGUUUAUAAUGCCGACGAGACCGGCCUUUUCUGGCGGCGUUUGCCCAGCCCCGGCCCAGAUGGCGGGACGGUACCCAGCCUCAAGCCGGGCAAGGACCGGCUGACCGUCCUGUUGUGUGCCAAUGCCACCGGCUCGCACAGAAUCAAGCCCUUGGCCAUCGGGAAGGGGGGUGGCCCUAGAGCCUUCAGGGGCAUCCAACACCUGCCCGUGGCCCACAGGGCCCAGGCCAGCGCCUGGGUGGACAAGGAGAUCUUCUCUGACUGGUUCCACCACGUCUUCGUGCCGUCCGUGAGAGAGCACUUCCGGACCAUAGGGCUGCCCGCGGGCAGCAAGGCCGUCCUCCUGCUGGACAGCUCCCGGGCCCACCCAGCUGAGUCGGAGCUGGUGUCUGACAACAUCUUCACCAUCUUCCUGCCCGCCGGCGUGGCCUCCCUGCUGCAGCCCAUGGAACAGGGCAUUCGGAGGGACUUCAUGCGGCACUUCGUGAGCCCGCCCCUCACCCUGCACGGCUUCCACGCCCGCCACAGCGCCAACGACACCAUCUUCAGCGUGGCCUGCGCCUGGGAGGCCGUGCCCAGCCAGGUCUUCAGACGGGCCUGGAGGAAGCUGUGGCCGGCGGUCGCGCUGGCCACAAGCUCCUCGGAAGAGGUGGUGGCGAUGGUGACAGAGUGCCACAAUGCCAAGCCUCACCACAAGGCCUUUGCCCACAUCCUUGGGCUGAAGGCAGGCCCGCCCUGCCGGGGCAGCAGGCCUCAGGACAGCGAGGCCUGGGGGCGGGGCGCCCGGAGGGAGGCCGUGCCCGAGGCCACUGGGCCGGCAGAGCAGGCUGAGAGGGACGGCGGGGAGGACGAGGCCGCCUGGGAGCAGGCGGCUGCCUCCUUUGAGGCCGUGCUGUGCUUUGCAGAGCAGCAGCCGUGCUUCACUGAGCAGGAGGCGGAGCAGCUGCGGGCGCUGCACUCAGCCUUCUGCCAGCGGCGGCAGCUGAGGCGGCAGCAGGCCGCUCUCCAGGCCGGGGUCAAGCCUGAGGCCUUCCAGGAGCGCCCUGGUGCGGGCACACCCACGGCCCACUCGCCCUUGCCCUGCUCGUCCGCAGCCGGUGACAAAGGAGGCCGUCCCGGCACCCACCUGGCCUCGGUCCCCGCGGCUCUGUGACUGUAGAGGGCGCAGUUGUGGGGCUCCUAGAAUUGUCACACCAGGUGUUCUAGCCAGUGUAGCUUCUGCUGUGUUACCUGCCCCCUGCUGGUGGGAGGUUGGCACGCUCGGAUGGCCUUGGCCCGCAGAGGUGGGGCCUCUGGGAAGCAGGUGCUUCUGGUCGGCCGCGGCUCGCUGGGCUUCCGCAUGGCAGCGGAGGCAGCGCUUCUCAUUCCCCGGUUUGCCAGCUCCUCACCGGGGACCUGGGGCCAGCCCCGUGUUGCUUCUUUGGGACCCGGGGCUCAUGGCAUAUUGCUGUCAUCCCACUUCUGCGUCUGUGCUUCCUGCCAGUUCUGGAUCACUAAGGAGACUGUUCACUUGCGUAAUGGGGUUUGCUGAAUAGCCAGGCUCGCAGCCCUGCCUCUGCCUCCUGAAUGCCGUGAUCACAAGCUGUGCCACAACACCCGACUCCUCCCCCUGCACUGAGCUGGCCAGCUUCUGUGUCCUCCCACGGACCCCCCGGCGGUCCCUCCCACCGGCAGGGCCUGUCCUCCGGGCUUGACUCCCAUCCCUCCCCCGCCCCAGGACUGCUCCUGCGCCUCUCAGGGCCCUGCAGGCUGCUUCCUAGGUGACUGGCAACCCUUACCCUGCUUCCCGAGGGUCUGGGUGAGGAGGGCAGGCCCCCCGCCUGCAGUCACGUUCUGUCCACUGUCAGGGCGCACGGUACUGCUGGACGCGGGGAACCGGGGCUUCCAGGUGCAGCUUCCUUGGUCUUCUAAGACUGCUCUGAGGAUCCCAGCCCCGGCGCCUGGCAGAGGCCAGGCAGUCAGUCCCGGUCUGCACUGCCGGCCUCGUGCAGGCUCUUCAGAGCGGGAAGACCCCUGUGGCCAGCAUCUGGCUGGAGAAGGGUGACCCUGCCCAGGAGGGCCUGGCGUGGAGGAGCAGACGUGCCUGCCGUGUUUUCAAAGACGCGCUCUUCCCAGGCAGCAGCCCAGCCCUUCCACCAGGAUGCUUGGGAUGCUUCUGCCUUGCCACAGGCCUAAGAGCCAUGAAGCCAGCCGAAUAUGGACUGAAAACUGAACCAGACCAGAAGAAGAACCCUUCCAUUGGUCUUCCUAAGGACACGGGCCAGGCUCAGGAGUUAAUAGAAAACCUGAGAAUCCUGGAAACUACCUGAAAGCCUUGGACCAUCUGGUCCCCAGACACUGAUGACCUCACGUGGUGCUGGUGAUGGCCAGCCUCAUCUGACCACCCCACUCCCCCGCUCGGCUGCCAGACCCCGCCCAGCCUCUGCCUGUCCUGGGCUCCUCCCCAGUGGGUGCUCAGUAAAUACCCCUGGACGAAGGACCCCUGUGGCCCCUGGGUACCAUCCUCAUGGCCCACGCUGGCGUCGCCACACCCCGUGCCACCCAAGUGCCAGGCUCUGGGGCUGGGAAGGUGGCUCAGUGGCAGAGCGAUUGCCUCGCACGCAUGAGGCCCUGGAU